AUGUGGUGGUUUUCUACAAUUAUCCUUGUUCAGUUAGUCUCCCUGGGACACUGUCUACGUGAAGAACGGACGUUACUUCCUUCUACCAACCCUACACUCGGCUACAUACGGAAGAAAGACCAGGCCUGUAUCGGCGUGCUGUUCAACAUCAGCGACCACGGCAACACGAACCUGGCCACCUGUGCGCACCUCUGUACGGCCUCGGGAUCGUGCGGGGCGUUCGUGCACGUGCCGGGCGACUCCGACAACUCCUGCAGGCUCAAACGGUCCUGCCCGACACCGGCCAACCUCACCGGGGCUGAUCUGUACUUCAAACGGCUUUGCAACGUCACCUCUGCUAACCGCACAGAGGAAGUGUUCACUAUCGUCUGUCCUCCUGGCUGUGCAUCUGUCGCAUUACCAAUCUAUGGUGACGGGACCUACAGCUCUAACUCGCCUGUGUGUAAAGCGGCUGUUCAUCACGGGUGGGUCAUAGACGAGCUGGGAGGAGCCGUGACCGUUCGGAAGUUCAGCCUUAACCGAGAUCGAGCUUCUCGCGCAAUUACACACCACGGGGUGAGAGCGCUAGGCAAAUAUACCGACACCGCUGUGACGGCGCGGCAGUUUAGACUACCAAACCUACACGAAGCGCACUUUGAUCUUACCACUGGAUCUCAGGCCGAGGGACAACAUCUUUGGGUAACGUGGGAGACCAGGGGCGUCAAGCGGCACUGUCCAUAUGGAUGGCGGGUGUGGGGAGGCUCCUGCUACUAUUUCGGAAAGUCUGAGGUUUCCUACGAGACGGCGGUUUCAGCUUGUCAUAACAUGGCAGCUCACGUGGUUGAGAUCAACAGCGAAGCUGAGCAGGAGACUCUCGGCGUCAUCACGUCAGCCAGAGAUGGAGACAAAUACUGGGUCGGACUGCGGUUCUCUCAGGUGUAUCAAGCCAAUACCGAACCAAGAACAACUGUCCGCACCUUUAUACAACCCCGCAUUUCCACGAGGUACCUGCGAGUCAUUCCGGUUGCCUGGUUUGGCCGCCCGACACUGACCCUGGGCGUCCUCGGGUGUGAAAGUGCGCUGAUCGCUGCGAGGCACCCGGGUACCGUAAUGGGAGUUUGGUUUGAGGGCGUCCGGUUGGAUUUCCCCGCCGCUCAUCAUCACUGUUCAAAGUACCACAGCAGGAUGGCGUCAUACAGCGAGCUUCUCGCCGCGUUUCAAGCCGGCAUUGGCGACACGACGCCUUCAUGGCUGACCGACCAGACCCUCAGAUACCUCCUCGAACGCGUCAGUCGUCGCUCGGCUUAUAUAAACAGUGGAAUAAUCAGUUAUCGUGUUCAGCCUACUUCGUCGCGACGUGGCGUGUAUUGUAUGCAGCCAAUGUCAGAAAAAUUGGGAUGUGCCACGCCCCUCGUUGCUAGGCAGCCAUGUGCCUGGGAUGACGCCACACCUCGCGAGUGCGAGCUCCACGGGUGCUGCUGGGAUCCGUACCCGGGGUACCCGAGCUGUUUCCACAAAACAGCUGGAACAAACAUCGCACUGGAGAAGAGGACCUAUCAGUCGACAACACCUGGCGAGACCGGCCUCUCUUGGCACGGCAAUGACGGCGUCAGAACCACGAGCAGCUGCGACGAGAACGGCGGUGCAUGCGUCAAAACAGGAAGAGCUUCUAGUCUAGAACCUCCAUCCUGGUCAGCAUCCUCGGAGCGUAGUUCUAAACACACAGCUGAUCGCGCGGAUAUCAACACGCUCGAGAAUGCCACUUUAGCCGGCGCAUGGGCAGCAGCAGUCAAAAACCGGGACCAAUGGCUGAUGAGGGAUCUUGUCGACGUAAGCAUCAUCGGCGGCAUCAUCACCAAAGGUUGGCAGUGCCCAGACGGGUACGUUUACCAUCAUCCUAGUCGCCUGUGCUACAAGGCCUUCAACAACAGUAAAACCUACAACGGUGCAGUCAGUAGGUGUUCUUUAGACGGGGGAACUCUUGCCAUGCCCCGAGACAACGCAACCAACAACUUCCUCAUCGAUCUGAAAAAUGCGGCCGACAACAACGCUUGGUUCCGUUUUGGACUGACUGAUGGCCACCAGGAGGGAGUUUGGAUGUGGGACGAUAACGUUCCUCUGGGCGACUUCAGAGCUUGGCAACCAGGAGAACCCAACGACCAUAAUGAUGACGAGGACUGUGCUGAGUACUAUCCCGACGGCCGGCCCAAAAAGAACACAUGGAACCAUGGAUCGUGUACCAGAGCCGACAGAAAGUUUAUUUGUCAAGUCUCUCCAUCUGAAUUGCAUCCCUGGUGGUAUGUGGACUUAGACCGACAGUGGUCCAUCGACAGGGUGACUGUGGUCAAACCCGGCCCUGUCGACCUCAACCCCUUCUUCAUCCACAUCGGCGACCAUCGGAACGUGUCGGCAAACCCUCAAUGCGGGCAGAACCACAGCAUCGCCGUCAACCAGUCAGAACUAACCGUCUCGUGUGGAGGCCUGCGGGGUCGGUAUGUGGGGAUCCGUCUGGGAGAGGCGCGACUUCUGCAGUUCAGCGAACUCGAGGUUUACCCUGCGGGCAGUUGUCCAAUUCCUGGCUACGUUGGUUUUGACCUUAGUUGCUACAAGAGCUUCACGCAGCAGAAGACGCACGAUGAGGCUGGACAGGUCUGUGCAGCAGACGGGGGGAUUUUAGCCAUGCCGAAGGACAGUGCCACCAAUACUUUUCUUGCUAAUCUAGCAGACGUAGUAUGGGGUAGCUGGCUUGGGCUGACUGACGUCAACAAUGGCGGCCAGUGGGUAUUUGAGGACGGCCAGACCCUGACAUCAUCCGGCUAUGCCAACUGGCUCCCCGGUGAACCACAACCCGACUACGGUACCGGUGGCUGUGUGGGAUUUUGGGGGAACGGAUCCUUCUGGGAUGAGAAAGCCUGCAGCAACCUCAGGGGAUUUAUCUGCCAGCUGCAACUGCAAGUGCAUCCCUGGUGGUAUGUGGACUUAGACCGACAGUGGUCCAUCGACAGGGUGACUGUGGUCAAACCCGGCUCUGUCGACCUCAACCCCUUCUUCAUCCACGUCGGCGACCAUCGGCACGUGUCGGCAAACCCUCAAUGCGGGCAGAACCACAGCAUCGCCGUCAACCAGUCAGAACUAACCGUCUCGUGUGGAGGCCUGCGGGGUCGGUAUGUGGGGAUCCGUCUGGGAGAGGCGCGACUUCUGCAGUUCAGCGAACUCGAGGUUUACCCUGUCUCCGAUGAAGCAAAUAUCGGAGGAAUAAACGUCGCCGUUCUGUCCCGAGGCGGGCAGUGUGUGGGCGCGUCAGAAAACGCCGCUACCUGUGGCGGCAUCAUUGACGGUCAGCUGACGCCACGGCCGGGGCAGCUCGGCUGGCUGAGUUCGCAGGGGGUCGGCUCGUGGGUUCAGCUGAAGUUCGAUGGAUACUACUUCAUCAACCGAGCCAAGAUCGCACAGUCUACAUGGAUCACAGGCCAAAGUAGGACAAUCAGGCUGACGUUCAGCGACGGGUCCUAUGAAGACGUCGAACUCAGGCAGCGUGAGGGAAGUGACCAGUACGACGUGACGCAAGUUUACUACGAUGAGUUCGUCUUCGACACGAUCAAAACAGACUCCGUGAAGAUGACUGUCCUCAGCACGUAUACAGCUGCCUCCACCAGCGGCUUCAUUGAGGCACAAUUCAUCACGGCCUUUCCGGAAGCUUACUUCCUCUUCGAAUGGACUCCACGAAUGACGUGCUCGUGUAUGUAUGGGGACGGCGCCACAAGUGCACCACAGAUUGGCAAUUGUUUAGCGCAACGGCCUCGGAAUCAUUGGCUGCACACCGCAGAAGGAACUCUUCGUAACGGAGAAACGUCACAGUGCCUCGAACUUCUUCCCAACAACGUGGUUGCCAUAGCUACCUGCUCACCAAUCAGAGAGUCUAUAUUGUUUGACGUCAUUGAUGACGCGCUGAGCUGGAGGGUGUUGGGAAGAGAAGUUUGCUUUGAUAACAGAGACAGCGUGGUAAAACUGGUGAGCUGUUCCGAUGGCCGGAACGUCCUGAGGAAACUGCCGCUACACGAGGUGACUGAGCUGGUGACGAUGUCCACUCCGUGUGACGUCAGAGAAGACCCGACCACAGACGUAACCAGGAUGUUGGUAGAAGAAGUUGAGCCCGGUAUACUGUUGGCGCGUUGGAACGUAUCAGAGAUGCCAGAGUACCCCUGUGGAUUAAGCACUGUGUUUGUUGCACAGACAAAUCUUAGGGACGGUUUUACAACAAGUUGGAAUGUUUCAUGGGACACAGAAAUGUUCAACUUCACCGAUAUUGAAUUGGAAGUCUCAUACCUGCUGGAGAUAUACCUCAUGACGCCAAGAAGCCACAUCUACCUAUCUUACUCACGGACUAUAAUAUUACAAAGAAACGACGAGAUUCACAACUUGACGGUCUCGCUGGUGACCAAAGAAGGGUUUUACGUCACCUGGAACGUCACGUCAUCUUUAGUGAUCGGGUAUCGAGUUACAUAUCAUCCGAUGAACAGCCAAGAAAUCGACCAGUUGUACGUGCAUCACCCGGAAGUGCAUUUACGGGGGCUGUUGCCAGGGGUGGAAUACAACGUUACCAUAACAGCCAUUGCUGCAGACUUUGUGGGUAGAGCCGCUAGUCUCCAGCAAUACACUCUGUCUGACCCUCCACGUGAUUUCCACGUGUUAGCCGUGACGGACCGUUCGGCUACCCUGAUGUGGGCGGCACCAGGUGGCGAGGUUGUCGCGUACGUGCUGGAGAUCAUACCGGCCGAUGCUCCAUUGGAAGCAGUAAACAUUUCCCUGAGCAACAAUCUAACAACCACGGAUGUAACAGGGCUGAUCCCCCUUCAUCCUUAUGUCGCCAAGCUCUAUGCCGUCGGUCCGGCUGGCGUUAGCGACGUGACUACGUCGUUAUCCACUCGGGCACGGCAUACUACAGAGAGCUCCAUGUCGGAUACAGAGUCCAUGGACGACCUGCAAGACCAAGAGAGCGAUACCGAUGUGGAGGUGCAAAGUGACGACGGGUUUGGAGGCUUUGUACCACGAUCGCGGGAAAGAGAAAGUUACGAGUCGUGGGAAAGCGAAAACCCCGAACAAGAGUCUGACGUCAGCAUCAGUUCCGGUGACGAGGGCGACGAUCCUUCCGACGGACUGGGUGCUGACGACGAGCAUACGCUACAGGCGGAUUUCCCAUCGCUGAUGGUCGAAGGCCUCGCCAUUCCCGCCAUUGAUGCCGUGAAUGUCACUGACAUCGCCUCAACGGAUCCUGUGGCGCUCGUAGAAGCACUUGCCGUAGUGACGCAACCGCUUUCCUACCUCACUGUUCUGAACAACCUGAACGACGUACUUGGGAGAAAAGCAGGGACGACGCAAAACAUCUCGCGCACCAGUACAGAUAUGUUACGCUCCGUUGGACACCUCUUCCAUGAAGCACUUGCCCAGGCUGACGUCGAUCCUACCAGGAAUGAUGAUUUGUUGUCACCCGAAGAGCGAGCAGAUCAGGAGCGGCAGAAAAAGGAGGAAAGUGACCAAAAGAAACGCGUCGUCGUUGGAGGAGGUCGUGAGUUACUAGACGACAUUGCGGGCCGUCUGAGGAGACAGCUGACACCCGGCGGCCCCGGAGUACGGAUAGACUCCGACAGACUCAGCCUGCAGGUACACAGAAUGCGCGGAAAGGAUCUGGCAGGUCAUCGGCUGAACGGCGCAGGCGUGAACGUCGUCUUUCCCUCUGCUGAAAAACUAUUCAAAGGCUUCGUGCCCAGGUUUGUUGACACCAAGGUCAUCAGUUACCAUGACAACCCUUUCACCUGGGGAAACAACUCAAACAUCAUCAACUCUGCUGUCCACGACGUCUCCUUGAUCCCAUCGACCAUGUCCAUUGGGGACAUCAAGGACGCAGAAGACGACAUCCUGAUCACCAUUGCCACCAACGGAGAUCGCCCUUCCAGCGGACUGGUUCAUGGAGUGGAUUCCACGGGAAAUGAGAGCGUGGUGCAGCACGUGUUCAACAUUUCAGACGUAGAUGACGCGUUCAUCGUCCAAGUUACCGCCCUGAACAGGAGUUCCAGGAUAUCCGUGUUCGGGAGAGGAGGCGGCCUGGCCCACAGUAGAAACUGUGAAGUCUGUUUCCCGUGGCAGGACUGGAAACCGACAUUCUCACGACAUGGCGCAGCCGAGCCUCAGUCUGUCGCGUUUUUUGUGUCAGGAAGGAAUCACACCGGAAAAUACGUGGUCGGAGUAGAAGUUGCUGGUUUGGAGGAUGUUUACCAAGAUGUAGUCGAAGACGGCGUCUUUGUCGUGGACCCCGCUGACAAGUCAGACGUGAAUGGGACACAGUUCUACAGCCUGGAGGUUUGGGAUCUGAGCUGUCGUUACUGGGCGGAGGACACAGAGACCUGGCUACCGAACGGGUGUAGAGUCCACCCUACCUCCACAGUCAGUGCGACUGUCUGCGCCUGCAACCACAUGACGGCGUUCGGGACUGGCUUCGUCACCGUACCGAACACGAUUGACCUGACCACCGUGUUCGACAAGUUCACGGACAUAGGGAACAACGCAGGGGUCCUCGCUGCCGUUCUGACGUCAUUAGCCUUGUACUUAGUCGGGGUCAUGUUUCUCAGGAAGGUCGACAAAGCAGGUGUCAAGAAGCUGAUUGUCCAUGGCCUACCCGACAACCGCUCCACUGACAGGUACUAUUACAAGAUGUCCGUCUACACCAGUCACGCCAGAGGGUCUGGAACCAAGUCCAAUGUGGGGUUUACAUUGCUUGGGGACAAGGGGAGUACCAGAGUCAGGGUGUGCAAGCAAGGCCCAGAGACCUUUCAGGCUGGCGGCGUGGACAUCUUCUUGCUCGCUGUUGAAGAAAGUCUGGGCGACCUUCUUCGGCUUCAAAUCUGGCACGACAACCAGGGGGGCAAGGGCAGGGCUUAGAAGUUAGAUAAAGUCAUCGUGCGAGAUUUGCACUCAGGAGAAACAAACAGUUUCCUGUGUGACCAGUGGCUAUCGCUUGACCGUGGGGACGGAAGAAUCAGCCGGAUUCUUCCCUCUUCGACCGAGCAAGAUUUGUCAUCCUUCCAACUAUUCACUACAAAGGCCGUCGACAGUUUUAAAAAUGAGCACAUCUGGCUCUCCAUCUUCUUCUGCCCCAGUGGCAGCCAUUUCAGCAGGGUCCAACGCCUCUCCUGUGGACUGUGUAUUGUCUACACCACCAUGAUUGCCAACGCCAUGUGGUACAAAAUGGAAGACAGCCUGGAGCAGAAUAACGUGGUGAAUCUUGGGAUAGUCUCCUUCACCCUUCACGAGUUAUACGUCAGCGCGAUGACGUCAUUGUGUGUCCUCCCCGUAAACGUGCUCCUCGUCCAGCUCUUCAACCGGUGCAGAGAAAAGCAACAACCGGCCAAGAAUGCCGUGAAUGUCGCAGAGAAGGAAAACAUCAGGUCUAUGCUGUUGAAAACGCGACCUUCCUCUCGGUUUCUUCCCCAUAUGUUUGUGUACGUGGUUUGGUCGAUCCUGGUCCUUAGCUGUUGCGUAUCGGCGUUCUUUACUAUUCUCUACAGCCUGGAAUGGGGAGCUGCGAAGGCAAACGCAUGGCUGAAGACGUUUCUGAUGACCUUCGUUCAAGACGUUUUUGUUGUGGAGCCAUUGAAGAUUCUGGCUGUUUCUGCGCUGGUCUCCUAUGUCUGUAAGAAAGUCGCUGUGUCAUCGACUCGGGAUGACGUCAUCCUACAACACGCUGACGUGGAGGAUUCCAGCCAAUCAGAGAGCAGCCUGUUUGCCUGGAUAUCUCACAGGGCGAACACGAGAGUGACAAAACAGCAGUUGUGGAAAGCUCUCUCACAGCAUGACCAAACGGAUGCGUCACAGAAAGAGCGACAGAAAAGGGAAGAGACCAGAAAAAAGACGGACAGCGUGAUACAGGAGGUUGCCGGGUUCUUCCUGUUUGUAAUGGUUCUGCUUGUGGUGGCGAAUAGUGGCACAAACGUCUACUCUCACCACGCCUACAACACUAUAGGAGACCUCUUCCAGUCGGAUUUUGAUGAGAUCAGUACAGCGGACGACUAUUGGACGUGGGCGCGCGACGUCCUUAUUCCGGGUCUGUUCCAGGAAAACCAUUACAACAGUGAGAAGCUCGGCUGGAGACGGAAGCUUUUCAUCAGCGACACCACUUCUUACAGGAUCGGGGCUGCACGCUACAGGCAGAUACGAGUCAAACCCAGACCCUGUGACUUUCAGCCGCACUACAUUAGUCUUUACAUGAGUCAGGAAUGCAACAGCGGGAACGCCAUUUCAGACGAGGAGACGAAAGACUUUCUGCCCGGAUGGACCCCCCUCUCCUCCUCCAACUCUUCGGAUGAUGUCUCCAAACCGUCGCCCUGGACGUACCGCCUUCCCGGGUCUGGUGACGAGCUCCCCGCGAUGGGAGCCAUUGCCACGUACGGCUCGGGAGGUUACGUUACCGGAGUUGGCAGAAACAAAGCUGCUGCCCUCGCUGUCAUCGCUGGCCUGAAGGGAGCCGGCUGGAUUGACCGUUAUACGCGCGCCGUCAUUGUCGAGUUCACGGUGUACAACGCCAAUGUCAACUUCUUCAGCACGAUGUCGUACAUGGUGGAGUUUCUCAACACGGGAGGGGCGGUGCCGUCCCACUCUGUGUGGACCUACCGCUUACAUCGGUUCGUCGGCACGGCUGGAUACAUCAUCAUGGCCCUGCACAUCCUGUAUGUGGUCUGUUUCCUCUACACGCUGUACAGGGAAGUAAGACUGAUGAAGGAACAGGGGAGAAGCUACUGCCUCCAACCGUGGAACCUUCUCGAGAUUGCCAACAUUCUGGUUUGUUUCGGCGCCGUUGCCGUUUUUGCUGUAGACUACAUAACCUCGAGGAAUACUGUGGACAAGCUUCUCCAUCACCGUGAUUCGUCAAAGUUCAUCAACUUCGACCAGGCCGUCUUCUGGAACCAGGCGUUUGUUUGGACAGUGGCCACCGUCGCCUUCAUCAACAUCUUCAAGUUUCUUCGCCUCCUCCGCUUCAACCCGAUGCUGUCUGUGUUGAUGACGUCAAUGAGGCACAUGGCACCAGAGGUUACAGGCUUCGCAGUGUACUUCACCUUCCUGUUUCUCUCAUUCGUGCAGCUGGGACAUUUGGUCUUUGGACUCAAAAUACAGGGAUACUCUACGAUAGCUGCCUCUGGGAAGAGUCUCUUCGUAUGUGCUCUCGGGUAUUUUGAAUUCAAUGAAAUCUUAAGCACCAGCAGGAUCAUCGGGCCGCUGUUCCUGUACACCUAUCUGUGCGUCGUCUUCAUCGUCAUUAUCAACAUCCUGGUGGCCAUCAUCAACGAUGCACUCGUGGUGAUGAGAGGUUACACGCCGCCUCAGGAACAUCAGGAGAUCCUGCAGGAGCUGUGGAGGAGGCUCGCCAACUUCCUCGGUCUGACAAACUCUGCAAAUCAGGAGGAAGACAUGCUGGCAUCAGAAAGACUGGAGGAUUGUCUGACUAGACUGGAUCUUCUUGUACGGGCCAUGAAGGAGAGACGAGUCGCAGAGGACGCGAUGCGAAGGUACCACCAGGCCCAUCAUGAGUGGCAUAAAAAUGAUGUAGACAUGGUCGAAUGA